AUGGAUCCCUCCAACGCUGACAUCCUCGACUAUGUCACCAGUAUGCCCGCACUUCAGACGGUGUUGAGAGACGCCCAUGAAAUCUUAAAGGCUGCUAUUACGAAUUAUCAAAAGCAAACGAGAGCAUUUGUAACAGAAGCGGAAUCGACAAACCGGGCUCGAUACCUGAGAUCCCGACCUGAUUUCAUCUAUGGAUGGAUUCCCCCACGACAUGUUAUCGACGAUGAUGAGAUACCCGCCUGGUCCAAGCAAGAGGCAGAGGCUGUGGAUGGAACAAACCUGCUCUAUCCUUUUCUAGUGGUCAAAGUUGCCCCUGAUAGCGACGACUUCGAAAAUCUAUGUGACGCUAUUGGUGAGCCAGCAUUUAACUGUCUUCAAGGCGCUUCCAUUGACAUCAGGAUGGUCGAUAGACUGUACCGCCGCUUGGAAGCGUGCGGGUGGACUGACCCAGGGCUCAAUAGCUCUAUGUACGGUCUCGUGGUGAAUCGGAACACAGCCUCCCUCUAUUUCAGUUACGCAUGGGAUGAGACUAGUGAGCAUUUCCAUCGGGUAGCACGCUAUAAUAUGAAGAAUAAAAACGACCAACGAGAUUGCGAAAAGAUGAUCAGCAAUAUUCUUUCCUGGGGCGCGAUAACUCGUCUUCGGGGCAUUCAGAUUGCUAUCGAGGUCAUUCGCAGUAAUAAAGCGAGUUGGUAUCCACGAUAUCAACAGGAGAACUGCGACUUCUCGGAAUAUCGACUAUCUUGUUCAUAUUGGAUUAGUCGACCAUUACAUUGGUCGAGCUGA